CCCGGGAGGCGGACCGCCGGGCCACAGGCGGAGCCAGCGCUCCGCCGCGGCUUUCAGACUCGGACCAUGGCUUCAGGCUGGUGGCCCUGGCGGCGCUGCUGCUCCUGGAGGCCGGCGGCCCGGAGCCCCGGGCCCGGCUCCCCCGGCCGCGCGGGGCCGCCCGGGACGCUCUCGGCUGCAGACGCCGGGGCUCAGGGCACUGGAAGAAAAGGCCUGAGGAUGUCACAAAUGUCCUAUUUUAAUCUUGUGAAGAGUUUAACAUCUGCUUUUCCACAUAGGUAUAGUAUGUCACGGUUCCAUCACAUGACGUCGGCAGCGUGCUGUUGUAGCAAAACACAGAGUGGGGAGAAAUACACUGACCCCUUCAAACUCGGUUGGAGAGACUUGAACGGUCUGUAUGAGGACAUUAGAAAGGAACUACUCAUAUCUACAACCGAACUUAAGGAAAUGUCUGAAUACUACUUUGAUGGAAAAGGAAAAGCCUUUCGACCAAUUAUCGUGGUGCUCAUGGCCCGGGCAUGUAAUAUUCAUCAUAAUAAUUCCCGAGAUGUGCAAGCAAGCCAGCGCUCCAUAGCCUUAAUUGCAGAAAUGAUCCACACUGCUAGUCUGGUACACGAUGACGUCCUUGACGAUGCGAGUUCUCGGCGAGGAAAACACACGGUUAAUAAGAUCUGGGGUGAACAGAAGGCUGUUCUUGCUGGUGAUUUAAUUCUUUCUGCAGCAUCUAUAGCUCUGGCACGAAUUGGAAAUACAACUGUGAUAUCUAUUUUAACCCAAGUUAUUGAAGAUUUGGUGCGCGGUGAAUUUCUUCAGCUAGGGUCAAAAGAAAACGAGAACGAAAGAUUUGCACACUACCUUGAGAAGACCUUCAAGAAGACUGCCAGUCUGAUAGCCAACAGUUGUAAAGCAGUCUCUGUCCUAGGAUGCCCGGACCCAGUGGUGCAUGAGAUUGCCUAUCAAUACGGAAAAAACGUGGGCAUCGCCUUUCAGCUGAUAGAUGACGUGUUAGACUUCACCUCAUGUUCUGACCAGAUGGGCAAACCAACAUCAGCGGACCUGAAGCUUGGGUUAGCCACGGGCCCGGUGUUAUUUGCUUGCCAACAGUUCCCAGAAAUGAAUGCUAUGAUAAUGAGACGGUUCAGUUUGCCUGGAGAUGUGGACAGAGCUCGACAAUAUGUAUUACAGAGUGACGGUGUACAGCAGACCACCUACCUCGCACAGCGGUACUGCCACGAAGCAGUAAGAGAGAUCAGUAAACUUCGACCGUCCCCUGAAAGAGACGCCCUCAUACAGCUUUCAGAAAUUGUACUCACAAGAGAUAAAUGACAACUCUUUGUUAUUUCUGGCAGCUAUUUUACCAGACUGUGCCUAAAGAAUUUUGUGAAAUAUAUUUUGCUUUAUGUGCAGAUAACCAAAAAUCAUUUCAAAAAAUCAUUUCAACCUUAUUGAUGGG